AUGAUCUCAGCAUUUCGAUCCAGAUUUCUAGAGACAACAAGCCCUCAAGAUGCACCCAGUAAAACGGCGCAGACCCGAGCCGCCGACGAGCCAGAAACCUCCAAUCAACGUGUUGCUCAGUUUCUUGACCAAUAUGGAGACUACAGGAUACAGCAACAGUUCAGGUUGUUAGCUGAUCAAGCAAAGAGGGACUGCGAGGAUAUACUCGAGACUGCAGGAAUAAAAGGAAUGGUGCAGAGUAGAUCAAAGAAACAUGCUUCGCUGCAAAAGAAGCUCAAGGACAUGGCCAAAGAUAUUGUUUUCGUCGAAACGAUCUCUGGAGAUGCGACGGUCGACGAUGAAUCAGAGGACGUCAAACAGUAUCACGAAGGAGAUAUUUAUGAUCACCCGGAGAUGGGAGAUCUGGCAGGCAUUCGUAUUGGCUUAUACUUCCCUGCCGAUGUUCGUAGGGUCGCAGAAGAGAUCAAUCGACUCUACGAUGUAGCGCAUACCUUCGGCACGGUUCAGGACACGCGAACGGUAGUUACAGAAAGAAACACAGAUAUCGAGGCGCACGGCAACGGUCGAUGGAUCAGUCAAAGUCCUGGCGAGGAUGUCCACCACUGGGAGCACUACGGAUACAAGUCUUGGCAAGUGGUUGUUCAAUGGAGACGGCCCUAUCCUGAAGCACUCAGCGCGAUCGAAAAGGCUCUAGCGCCGACCAACAUCUUUAACUCAUUGAAAAUUGAGAUCCAAGUCGGAACCAUCGUAACGCAGGCCUGGGCCGAAGUACAACACAACAUUAUUUACAAGAACCCUUACAAAAUCGACAAAACUCCGACUAUGCUACGAAUGAUCGACGCUAUCAACGGUCUAGCCAUCAACACUGAUAUCAUGCUCAAUGAGCUUGAGAAAAGCCUGGAGCAAGCCAAGCUGGAAGCUGCCGCUCGACGACAGGUUGAGCUGGCCCAAGCAUGUCUCGAGGACAAUAUACAGAGGGUGAAGGAAAUGAUGGAGGACGGUGCUGACAUAAACCACGCGGAUGAAGAAGGUGACACGCCACUUCACCGGGCUUGCAAAGGCGGUAGUGAUGAAGUGCUGGAAUUACUUCUUGCCGAGGGGGCUAAAGCAGAUGUGCAGAAUAGUGCGGGCUGGACGCCACUACACGAAGCGUGUGACACUGAAAACGAUUGGGUAAUGGCACGACUGCUCUCUCAUGGCGUCGAUAUAGAGAUCAAAGAGAAUAUGGGAAAUACGGCACUUCAUUUGGCUGCUUUCAGAGGGUUUGAUGGAAAGGUUCAGCAACUUCUUUCUUACGGAGCUCGGACGGACAGUAAGACGCUUAGGGGCAUGACUCCGUAUGACUUGGCUUUGAGGAGAGGGAAGUAUGAUGUUUUGGCGAUACUUGAAGAAUACCAGUAA